GGUGUUCAAGCUCUCAUUUAAAUCUUUUUAUUAAUCUUUUAACCUAAUCAUAGAAGCUAAGCCUCUCUAAUAGAUAUGAUUCUUUAAUUUCUAAAAACAUAAAACUUUUUAAGGGCAAACUCAUAAAAACAAAUAUGAUUAUUUAUACUGAAGAGAUUAGGUUUUAGGAAGCAGCGUAGAGAUUAAGCAAGAAGAAGGAAUACUGUUGGCUGCUUUUGUCUAGUCUUGCGUCCGAUCUAAGCUGAACACAAACUUCUAUAUAAUCCUCUGCUUAUCUCCCUUUGCGUUAUCCACCAAGUUUUUCUCAUCUCUCUUCACUCUCUCAAUCUCAACAAUCUUAAGAGUCAUGUCUUGCCUGAGAAUUAGGCUUUUACCUGCUAAAAGAGCUUGGAAAAGCUUCACCGCCAGCUUCCAUAAACUCCGGAGAUCCAAAACUAAACACCACACCAAGUACAGUGCAGCAACUUCGGACAAACAUUUCUUUCGUUCAAGCCACACAUCCGGGAAGAAGCUUCGAGACAGAGAUUCCCGUGUUUUUUUCACCCGUCUAAAGAGAGGUUGUUUGUUCAAGAAGAAACGCAAAGCUGUUGUCUACGUUGAUAAGCUCUUCAGGGAACCUAUGGCUGUAUCCAAUUGGAUUCCAGCAAAGCAGUGGAAGCCGAAGGAGGAAUUGUUUCCGGAGAAGGGAAUAGACCAAAGAGCCGAAGAGUUCAUCACUAGAGUAAAAGCAGAGAUUCUCGCUUCACGCAACUUGUAGUACCCAUCAUCAACACAAUGUAUCAAGACAUUAUAAGUAAUAAUUCUUCUGUGUAUAAAUAGACCAAUUACAACUAUUCUGUACAAAAUUCUUGUCUUUGGCUUUUAGCUCGAGUCUGUAAUCAUUCUUGUAAAUCCUAUCUAUUACAUAUUGCUCGUAGUAACAAG